UACCCUGGCUAUUACAACAUGCGCAGUAGUGUCAUCCAGUAUGGCCGACUCAGACUAUUCCGAAUCGAUAUUUCUCUGAACAAAGACCGAAAACGGGCAAAAACAGAACAACAUGGAGCAAGAGAACAGUGAAACAGUCGACGUCGACUCUCUACGUUCGAGGGUCGAAGAGCUACAGAAGGAGAAAAAUGAGAUGGAAAAAGAUUUUGCCCAGAAGAGAGGAAAAUUCAAGGAGAUUUUUCUCGCCAAGGAAGAGGAGCUUCGUAAGGAGCAUCAGAAGCGAGGUGAAUACCAGCAGACUGUCGACUCUCUACAGAAACAGGUACAGACUCUGCAGUUAGAGGUCGAUGACCUGAAGACAGCCGCCACGAUCCUGGAGACGACCAAACAGGACGAGGUGGACGAGAUCAGACGGAAAUGUCAGGAGGAGAUCGCUUCUCUACAGGCCAUCAUGAAAGAGGCUGCGCGUGAUGCGAGCCAGGCCACAGCCUCCAAGUACGAGUCCAGGUUUGAGGAGGAGCGGAGCCGCUGGUCCAGGUACCAGGAGAAGAUGGAGCAGCAGCUACAGGAACUCAAGGAGAAAAUGGCUGAACCAAAAGAAGAGAGUGUUCUGGCCUCUGUAGCCAAGUCCCUACGUAUGGUGAGUAUGGGAGCCAGCCCCUCCAGUACAACAACAUCAACUUCUACUUCACUCAGCACUGAGGAUGAAAACCUCGAGGCACACAUGAAAAAGGCUCAGGAGGAGGCGGAGAUGUUGCGGUCCGUUGUCAUGCCGAUGGAGAAAGAGAUCACCUCCCUCAAGGAGAAGCUGAGGCUGAGUCAGGACAGAGUCAGGGAGCUGGAGGGACGGCCCAGAGCUGCUACAGUGAGUGAUCCCACAGCAGUGACUGGGGAAGUCUCCACUGCAGACACCCCCAUCAAGACUAGUACUAGUGAGGUGCUCCUCAAGGAAGGGGAGGAUCUGGGAGAAAAGGUUCGAGAGUUGAACCACUACCUGGAGGUGGAGAAGUCAUCUCGCACAGACCUGGAGAUGUAUGUGGCCGUGCUGAACACACAGAAGACUGUACUACAGGAGGAUGCAGACAAACUUCGCUCAGAGCUACAUGAUGUGUGUAGACUCCUGGAGGAGGAGAAGAGAAAGCAUGCCGAGCUGAAGAAGACUUGGGAGCUGGCUAAUGACCAGUUCCUGGAGUCCCAGCGCCUGAUGCUGGCUGACCUGAAGAGAAUGAGCGGGGUGCUCAGUGAAGAACAACAGCGACAAGUACAAGAGUUGCAGAAGCAGGAUGCUGAGCGGGAGGCGCAGCAGAAAAGGAUCCAGCAGCUGCAGCAGCUGAGAGACGAGCAGGAGAGACUGCAGCAGCAGCAGCAGGGACAAGGGGACACGCUGAAUGUCGGCGGUAUGUCGCUUCUAGAGAGGCCGAAAUCUGCGGAGAAUCUGGCCUCGUCGCAGAGUUCGGAGGAGUUUGGGCCGUUCGUGAGUGGAGACGAGGACAGGGUUUCUCAGCUGAGCUUCACGCUGACAGAGGCACAGCAGAAAGCUAUCACAGCCCAAACCCCCGAGAAUGAGGAGGUUCAGACCCUGGUGGCAGCUGCGAAGGCCUCCAGCAGUGAACCCACGGCCUCCAUGGUGGGGAAGAGACUGGUCAGUGACAAGGAGUGGGAGUGGCUGCAGCAAGAGGUGAAAGCUGCCAGAGAGAAGCUAGGCCGUCCGUGUGACAUGUGCAGUAACUACGAGCAGCAGCUGCAGAACGUGCAGGAGAGUGAGAAGGACGUGAGGGACACCAUGGCCAGACUCCAGUCUGACCUGGAGCGGGAGCAGAAGAACAGGGAGAAGAGGGAGAAGAACAUGGAGGAGCUGGAGGAGAGUGUGAAAAAUGCUGGGCAGGACGCUCAACAACAGCUAACCUACUUCACCUUCAAACACGAGGAGUCAGAGAAAUUCUUGACCGAUCUAAGACAACAGUUCCUUAGGUGGCAGAACGACACUACAGAACAAAUGAAACUCCUAGUUGAAUCCAGAGAACAAGUAUACAAUGAGCUGCAGAGACUGCAGCGUGAGAACGACAGCCUGCAGGGGAAGUACACCCUGCACAAGUCACUGCAGCAGAGCGAGGGGUUCAGCAUGCCACAGGGCGUGGAGGAACUCCAGACGCUCAUCUCCAGAUACCGACAGAACAUCCUGACGGUGAAGACGUCAGCGGAACACAUGGAGGACAAACUGCGGAGUGAGAUCUUAUUCCUGAAGGACAGGGUCAAGGCCGAGCAGGUCGCCAAGGACAACAUCGAGGAGACCCUCAGCUCGGAUCUGGACGUGGCCAGGGACGAGAUGAUGAAAUUACAGAACAUCAAAACAGACUAUGAUAAAGAAAAGACUGUGAAGACUGAGUUGGAGGCCAAGUUAAGUGAACUUCAGCAGUCCAAGAAAAGCAUAGAGACGAAGUCUAAACAAGUCAUCACUGCUCUUCAACAACAGGUGGAGGAACUCACAACAUUGAAGGCAAAGCUGGAAGCUGAGGUGAGAGACCUCCGUGUGAAGAUCCAGGGUCUGCAGGCAGACCUGGACAACAGUGAGGCUGUACAGAGGGACUUUGUCAAACUCUCACAGUCACUACAGGUCCAGUUGGAAAACAUCCGUCAGUCUGAGAACGAGGUUCGGUGGCAGCAUGAGGAAGAUGCCACGGCCUGUAACCAGUGUAAGCAGCCCUUUCAACCAAAGAAAAAAGCUACCAAGCACCAUUGUAGACACUGUGGGAAGAUCUUCUGUAAUGAUUGCCUGUCCAAAAGCGUCCAGAGCGGCCCCAACAUGAGGCCCUCAAAAGUCUGUGACGUCUGCUACACAAUCCUGGUCAAUGAUUCCGCCCCUUACUUCAGCACAACUCCCCCCGCUACUGCCUAGUCCAUCCCUACAUGUGCAAGUAGUGUAGCAUGU